CCCGCUCCCGGCAGCCUCCAGCGUGGCCAGCGCGGGGCGCAGAUUCAGUCAGGGGAAGGCGCCGCCUGCCCGGCUAGAGACGAGCCGGCGCUCGGUUAGGCAGCAUCCUUGGGAACCUCCGGCAGCCGCCACCUCGCCAGGAGAAGGAAGAGGCGACAAAGGGCUCUUUGUACGGCGCGGCGGCCUCUCGGUCCCUCGGCCCUGGCUGGCGUCAGCAUGGGGGCAGCCCACGCCGCCUUCCUAGCCCUGCUGGCGGCGUCCUCGCUUCUCCCCUUCGACGCGGCAGGUGAAAUGGAGAUACCAGAGUCUGAUGAUCCAUUAAGUCAAAUAGAUGGGCAUGAUAGACCAGUUCCAACACACAAAGGUUACUUUUUGACCUUUUUGGAACCAGUAAACAAUAUCACCAUAGUCCAGGGCCAGACAGCAAUUCUUCACUGUAAAGUAGCAGGGCAUCCAUCACCCAAUGUCAGAUGGUUGAAAAAUGAUGCACCCGUGGUUCAAGAACCAAGAAGGAUCAUUAUCAGGAAGACAGACUAUGGCUCCCGAUUAAGAAUCCAAGAUCUUGAUACAACCGACACUGGCUACUAUCAGUGUGUGGCCACUAAUGGGAUGAAGACAAUCACUGCAACAGGAGUUCUCUUUGUAAGACUGGGUCCAACACACAGCCCAAAUCACAAUUUUCAGGAAGAUUACCAUGAGGAUGGGUUUUGCCAACCUUAUAGGGGAGUUGCCUGUGCUCGAAUCAUUGGAAACCGGACCAUUUAUGUGGACUCCCUCCAAAUGCAAGGGGAAAUUGAAAACCGGAUUACUGCUGCAUUUACUAUGAUUGGCACAUCCACCCAUUUAUCUGAUCAGUGCUCUCAGUUUGCCAUCCCAUCUUUCUGUCAUUUCGUAUUUCCCCUGUGUGAUGAACGCUCUCGGACACCUAAACCAAGAGAGUUGUGUCGGGACGAGUGUGAAGUUCUGGAGAAUGAUCUCUGUAGGCAGGAAUACAACAUUGCUAGGUCUAAUCCGCACAUUCUGGUGCAGCUCCAGCCACCUAAGUGUGAAGACUUGCCACUGCCAGACACCUUAGAAGCUGCCAACUGCAUAAAAAUUGGAAUACCUGUAGAGCGGCUCAACAGAUAUCAUCAGUGUUACAAUGGCUCUGGAGUGGAUUAUAGAGGGACUAUCAGUGUUACCAAGUCAGGUCACAAUUGUCAGUAUUGGGACUCUCAACAUCCUCAUUCCCACAGCUUGACAAGUACAGAAUUUCCCGAGCUUGGAGGAGGACAUGCAUAUUGUCGCAAUCCUGGGGGCCAGAUGGAAGGUCCCUGGUGUUUUACACAAAACAAAAACGUACGCAUGGAACUGUGUGAAGUACCUUCUUGUAGUCCACGUGACAGCAGCAAAAUGGGCAUCCUCUAUAUCCUGGUUCCCAGCAUAGCCAUCCCUUUGGUUAUUGCCUGCCUUUUCUUCUUGGUGUGCAUGUGCAGGAACAAGCAGAAGGCAUCUGCUGCCAUUCCACAGCGUCGCCAACUAAUGCCAUCUCCUAGCCAGGACAUGGAAAUGCCUCUUAUAAAUCAACACAAACAGACUAAACUAAAAGAGAUCAGUCUUUCCACUGUGAGGUUUAUGGAGGAACUAGGUGAAGAGAAAUUUGGAAAAGUUUAUAAGGGCCACCUGUUUGGUACAACUUCAGGGGAACAAACUCAAACAGUUGCCAUAAAAACACUUAAGGAUAAAGCAGAUUUAACCCUUCGAGAAGAAUUCAAGCAUGAAGCAAUGAUGCGGUCAAGAUUGCAGCACCCAAAUAUAGUUUGCUUGCUAGGAAUAGUGACCAAAGAACAGCCCAUCAGUAUGGUUUUUAGCUAUUGCUCCCAUAGUGAUCUCCAUGAGUUCCUAGUUAUGAGAUCUCCUCAUUCGGAUGUUGGCAGCACCGAUGAUGACAAGACAGUGAAAUCUACUUUGGAGCCAGCAGAUUUUUUUCACAUUGUGACUCAGAUAGCAGCUGGAAUGGAAUAUCUGUCAAGUCACCAUGUUGUCCAUAAAGAUUUAGCCACGAGAAAUGUACUGGUGUUUGACAAGCUAAAUGUGAAAAUAUCAGAUUUAGGUCUUUUCAGGGAAGUUUAUUCUGCUGACUAUUAUAAACUAAUGGGAAAUACUCCCCUCCCUAUAAGAUGGAUGUCCCCAGAGGCGAUCAUGUAUGGCAAGUUUUCAGUUGAUUCUGAUAUCUGGUCUUAUGGAGUGGUGUUGUGGGAGAUCUUCAGCUAUGGUUUGCAGCCUUACUGUGGCUACUCUAAUCAGGAUGUCAUUGAGAUGAUAAGAAAUCGACAGGUUUUGCCAUGCCCUGAUGACUGCCCCGCGUGGAUAUACUCACUGAUGUUAGAGUGUUGGAAUGAAUUUCCUAACAGAAGACCCAGAUUUAAAGACAUCCACAACAGACUGAGAACAUGGGGAAAUCUUUCUAAUUAUAACAGCUCUGCACAAACAUCUGGUGCAAGCAACACUACACAAACCAGUUCCCUCAGCACAAGCCCUGUUAGUAAUGUCAGUAACACUAGGUAUGUUGGACCGAAGCAAAAAACACAGGCUUUCCCGCAGCCACAGUUCAUACCAAUGAAAGGACAGAUAAGACCUAUGGUCCCACCUCCUCAGCUCUACAUUCCAGUCAAUGGUUACCAACCAAUGCCAGCAUAUGGAGCCUAUUUGCCAAAUUUUUACCCAGUCCAAAUCCCAAUGCAGAUGGCUCCUCAGCAGAUGGCUCCUCAGAUGAUUCCAAAACCAGGAUCCCAUCACAGCGGAAGUGGCUCCACAAGUACGGGAUAUGUAACUACUGCCCCUUCCAAUGCCUCCGUGGCUGACAGGGCUGCUCUGCUGUCAGAAGGUACAGAUGAUGUACACAAUGCAAUAGAGGAUGUUGCUCAGAGUCUUGUUCAGGAAGAGGAAGAAGAGGAUGGUUCAGUGCCUGAAACAGAAUUAUUGGGCGAUAAUGACACUAUUCAAAUGGACGAGGCAGAGUUUCAGUCAGAAGCCUAAGAAUGCUGCUUUAUUACACAAGCAAAAUUGAACAUUUCUUCAGUAUGGCCGGAGACUGUAGUCCUGACUUGCAUAAUCCAUAUUUUUCUUUGCUCUUAGGCACACCUAUUAAUCCAAGACCAUGUAAAAUGCAGCAAUAAUGAUAUACUUUGUUUAUGCACCAUUAUUUCCAGCAGAUGUUUGUAAACAUGAAAAUAUAGAAUUGCUGUGUUGAAAACUCUAGUUGACUACAGUUCUUGGCAGGGAGGCUGCUUUUAUAAUAUACUGUUGCUGUGCAACAUAUAGUGGAAAUUCAUUGCACAUCAUGUAUAUCUUGAUCUUUGAUUGUAAUUGUUAAUGAAUUCUGUUUAAAUUGGUUUUUUAAAAGCUGAACUACAGUAAUACGGAGAAUGGAGAAGAGGUGCCCAGGAUGUAAUGGAUAUAUAGAUAUCCUACUGACAGAAUAUUUUUCUCAUUAAUACAGAAAUUUACAAGGGUGGGGGUCAUGUAAUUGACAGGAGGCUGUCCUGCCCCUGAAAGAUAGAUCAGCUACUUAACUGUUUCAUCCCUGAACCUGUAGAAGUGCUGCCCCAGCAUUCAGUCACCUUUGGGGCAAGGCUGGGGAGAUGGAAUGUCAGAGGGAAACAGCAGCAGUUAGUUGAUGUCUGCCUCAGUGAAAAAGCAGACAGUGUAAUGGGUGGCUCUGCUUGACAGUGUGGCAGAGUGGUUUAGCUCUACCUCUGGCAGAUGGCAGAGUACCCAGUCGUGAGGCCUGUCUCUGGUCAUUAGCAGACCUGAUACCAUUUAGUUUGACUCUAGGGAUAGGGCAGACUUCUAUAGGUAGAUUCCUGUGUUUGAGAGAAUCCAACCCAGGGAUCAGGCAAUGAAAGCCAGUUUGUAACUGCAAACAUUAAAAGGAGUUUAAAUCACAACCAAAAGCCAUAACUAGCUUAAGUGCCUCAGCCCUUUAUUGUCACUUUUUAAUUUAUUUAAUUUGAUUUCAUGCUGCCUUUGAGCUCUUUGCUUCUAUCUUUUCCCUCAUUCUCAAAAAUCUCAAGUUCUUUCUCUUUUUUUAGUUUAGCCAUUUCAAUUCCCGCUUUAUUUUCCAGAUCUCUUCUGUGAUAUCCCUGUCACUGCCAACUCAGCUUCAGUCCCCUCAAGUGCUUUUUUUUGCUUAAGAGGCAUUUUGACAAAACUUUUACCUCACAAAAUUUCUUAAAUAUUUUAUAUCGUUAUAUUUCACCACAGUGGGCACAAGCUUGUGAAAUUUCUUUGGUCUUUAUCUCAGCACCAGAAUACUAAUUUGUAACAGGCCUUUUCUUCCAACUGAGGGGAUCCACACCAGCUCCUAUAAUUUUUGGCAACUAGGUUUGUUUUGAAAUGGGAAGCUUCCCCAUAGUUACUAAAUGUUUUAAUGGUAGUGAGUGUAAAGGCUUUGGAUUCACUCAGCAGGAAGAAAAGGCCUGUCACAGGGUGUGUAAUGAUUUCAAGAAAUGGGUGCAUGUGUCUUUAAAUGUUUGGUGAGAUAGGUGAAGAGUGGGGGGUGAAAGAGAGAGAUGAGUGAGUGAUAUGAUUGGUUGAUGACAGAGAGUGGGCGGAGUGAAGGCAGUUUUCAGUUACUGAGGGAGAGAAAAAGAUUCAGUUAGGGCAAGAGAGGCGAGCUGUGUGCAGCCUGAGUGUGUUCAUGUAUUUGUGAAGGAAAGGCAACCUGAGUGGAAGCCUGAACUGAGUGUGUCUGUGAGACUAUAUAUUCAUUCUAUUUGAAGCAGGCAAACUGUGUGUGCGCCUGAGAGAGAAAGAAUUGAGAGUGAAAAGAAAACAGGCUAGCUGUGUGCUGUCUGAGGAGUUCUCUGUGAGAGAAAUAGAGAGCCUAGAGAAAGAGGCUAACUGUGUGUGAAGCCUUACAAGAGAUCUGUGUGAAUGAGUUUGGAUGAAGCAACUAGAAGAACUAAGAACUACUUUUAUGUAACCAAUACGCUUCUUAAAAAAUAAACUUUUAUUUUGUUUUGUUAUAUCCCAGAGUAGCAGUCAUUGUUAUCUCCCAUUCCUAUCCUCAGGGCCACAUAGAACCACGAAGGAGCCUGACGCUCAAACACGUUACAAAAGGGAAAAUUUAAAUAAAACAUUUUGGAAUAAUAUAUUCCUGGUGGCAGCAAACUACCCAGGGGAGAUUUAAAGCAAAAUCCACCCUAAAGAAAGUGAAGAUCAUAACAAGACCUAUCUCACCAAACAUUUAAAGACACAUGCACCCAUUUCUUGAAAUCAUUACAGGGUGGUUCAGGCAUAGGAAAAUUUAGGUAAUAAUAUGCAUCCAGUUUUGAAAUAAAUAGAACACAGCCAGAGUUUAGGAAAGAAGACAGAAACACUUGAACACAUUUUUAUUAGUGACUAAGCACUGCACAACUUUCCUACCAAAAUCAAUUAUUUUCUUUGUGAAUGAAUGGAAGUCCUACAUAUAUUUGCUGCCCAAAUGAGAAGUCUGGGCACUAUGCACUAAUCUGAAAAAAGUCAGCCUCUUUUUACUGUUAGUGGUCAAAUUAUGGAAAAGAACUCAAACGAAUUUCCCGCACAUUAUAUUUUCUACAUUGAUCAUUAAGGAUUUUAAUCUCAUUUUGGUUUGUGUUAAGAUGGUGCUAGAAGUGUACACAUGAAGCCUUCUUUGUUUUUAUUUUCUUUUUUGUAGUGAUUGUAGAUCUUUAAAGACCAAGAUAAGCAAUAUUGUACAGAAUCUGGGAUUUUUAGAGGUUUUUUUCUUGUGAGAUGAAUCAUGUACAGACUUUGAAAUGUAAUUUAUGUUUUGUAACAUUUUAUAUAUCUUUUUCAUUGAAACAUUGGGAUCAUCGAAAAGAAUGCAUAUUUAGCCAUUUACAUUACAGCUGGUAAUAUUGGUACUGGAAUGCGUAUGCUUUGUUGCGGUGAUAAAACAGGUCCAUACAUUUCAUAGCCAUUGCUACAAUGCGAAGACUCUGGAGUCGUAUUCUAGUGUAACUACACAUAUAUUACAGUCCCCAGCCUAUAAAUCUAACAUGUGAUGUGGACUGCACAUAAAGCUGCACAUAAAUAUUUGAUUAAUCUUAAGGUAUUUUAAAAUAUAGGUACACUGUAAGAAUGAAAACUCCUGAAUUUCUCUUUUGUAAUGUUUUACUAUGUAAAUGGUGCCUUUGCUAAAUACAUUUGGAUUCACUUGAAGUGUAUCAUGGCAAUCUGCAGCCCGUGUUAGUAGUGGCAAGAGCUGCUUUACUGAUUUCCCGAUUCUCAUGAAAUUGAUCGUGCACUGGUGAGUGAACAUUGAAUGGCUCUCUUGCUUGUUAAUAUAAACAUGAGUUGGAGAUGAUUAAUACAUCAUAUGAAUAAAUUUGGUUUAAUUACUUUUUAAA